UGUUUACAAAAUGGCAGCCACCAUGGAGGUAACGUUUGAAUGCCAGUCUGAAAUGAAUUCAGUGAUAUAUUGUCUUCUCUUGGCAAUAAUGUACGUCGGAAGUCUAUAUGUGUGUGGUAUACAACUUCCGAGGGAUCAUCCAAAAACUGUCACAAGGAGGAUUGCUGCUGUCACCAUAGUUUGUGUCAUUGCACCAAUAUUUUUACUGUUCAUAGGACAACCAACAGGGCAGGACCAGCCAGUGAGAUGGCUGUGGCAUUGGCUUGGAAUUCGUUGGGAAGGGUUCUUUCUUGCUGCUACCCUCCCUCUGCUCUUGACAAUGGCGCCGAUCUCCGAGGAGUUUAUAUUCAGAGCGUGUAUGUUGCCUUUGCUCGUUCCGUGUCUUGGAAUCACAAAAUCUAUAUUCAUAUGCCCUUUACUAUUUGGUGUAGCUCAUGCCCACCAUGCAAUAGAAAGAUUUAGGUCUCAGGAACAACUGUUAAACAUUCUUUUCAGCUUUAUCUUUCAGUUUACAUAUACAACGAUAUUUGGGACAUUCUGUGCAUUCAUCUUCCUUCGUACAGGUCAUCUCAUUGGUAUAUUGCUUUGCCACAGUUUCUGCAACAUGAUGGGAUUUCCUGCAUUUCAUCAAAUCUUCUCGUACCGUCGGCCAAUCAGUGCAAUCAUUUCCAUAUUGUUUGUAGUCGGACUUGCCUCAUUUAUAUAUCUCCUGUUUCCUCUAUCUGAUCCUUCCUUAUAUAAUAAUGAUAUAUAUCAUUUUUAAUUAUCAAUACAUUUUAAUAAUAUGUAGCGACUGAUUUGCUGAACUUGCUUGGAUUGGAUUGGAUUCCAAGGAAAACCCACAAAACAAUAACUAAAUUCCAGUGGGGUCCUUUUGGUAGUAAUUGGGCAGUACACCCCUUACUCUUUUCUGAGGAGCGUACUGCAUUCUUUAACAUGGGCCAUAUUGCACACAAGACCCAACUGCUUUAAUCUCUUCCAAUUCCAAAAGAUGGUGUGAUUUAUUUUAAUAUUGUAUUCGUAUGUCAGCUCUCUAGCUGAAACAAAAGGGUACCAAAGGGUGUCACGGUUCAGCGCACACGCAGUGGCUUCCACCGGUUUAACUGACUCAUCAAAGCUGCUCUCUAACUGCAAACACUUAAAAUAUGCUGCCACUUAAAUCUUAUAAAUAAAAAAAAAAAUAAAUCGCUCACAUUGUUUUAGUAAAUAAAUAUUGUUAAAAUAAUAACAUAAAUUAAUUCUUCACCAUUAAAAGGCAGCUGGAGUGGCACCAGUGUUUCUAUGACAGGUGGCUAAUCUUCCACACUCAACUCACCCCUACCAUGUUUUAAUUAUUCCCAGAUAGAUUUUAUUGUUUCUCACCUGACGGCUGGGCCAAGCCUCCCUGACGGCUGAGCCUGGCCUCACCAGUGGAAGUUUUGGACCCAGUCAAACCACCUGCUGGUGCCACCCCUGUUAAAUGAAUGAGUAAGCAAUACCAUUCCAAUAGUGGCUUUGCACACACUUUUUUAUUAACAAAUUUAAGGACUUCUUUAGUAAUAUGCUUAUAAAUAGAUCAUUUAAAACAUUUUUUUUUUUCGAUGUGUGUGUAUCAAAAGCUGAUAAUUAAUGUGAAUCUUUUAAGGGAACAAUUCACAAACAACAUUUAUUCACUUAAUGACUUCUUUCAAAAAUCAAUAUAACGUUACAAAAUUAAGAUGGAGAUGUACAAUUUAAGUAACAAAAUAAUCAUUUAGGUUAAGGAGUAAGAAGGUUUACUAGAUUGUUGGAUGGCAGUCUGUAUUUAAAUGUUUACUACACAAUAAAAAAUAUUUGAAUUUGAAUAUAUGUACUGUUUCAGUACUAACAAAAUAGAAAGACAUAUGAAGACAUAUUAAGUGCAUUUUUCUAUCAUUUUGAUAAAGAUUUUUUUAUAUACAUAGUACAGAAUUGAUAUAAUAUUUAUUUGUCACUUUCUCAAUUUUGUACAUUUCUGAUAUAGCUAUUGCAAUUAUGAAAUCUAUGAAAAUGUAUGUAGAUUUAGAGUACUUAUGUCUUGAGUAUAUGAAUAUUGUACAUUUUGCAUGUGUACUGCUUCAGUACUAAAACUGCCCACACUAUCAAAUUUUCUUAGACAAAAAAAAAAACUGUUUUUAUUCCCAUAAUAGUCAUAAUGUGCUUAUAUGGUCAUGAUGUGGUGUCAUCAUGACCAUAUUUAGGCAUGUCACAUGGUAUAAUUUGAUAGUCUGGACAGAGCAUGCCUACUGUAAUACAAUUUGAAACCUUUAGAAAAACCAUAGUAAUGCAGUUGUGUAUCAUAUUUCAAAACAUUAUGAGGACAGGAAAGUGCCCAAUUAUUCUUACUUUUUAAAUUUUGUACAUUUGUCUGUUGCAAUCGUAAAUUCUAUGAAUAAAAUGAUACUGUAUUUUUA